AUGGCUCGUUGCAAAGGCUUUAGAAAUUCAUUUAAUUCCCUAUCGGUUUUAUUCACAAUCUGCCUGUGUGGUUCUUUGUUGCAUGUGAUAAACGCGGAAAUUCGUAGCAGAUCCUCGCAUGGUCCCAAAGGUGCCAAUGUGAAAAUUAACAGCAUCCAUGAAGGCCAAACAAAAACAUCAGGCAGCAGCAGCAGCACCAAGGACUCAACCUCCUCGUCCAGUUCAGCUUCGACAUCCUCGAUGACCUCGGUUAAUACAGACUUUGUGGAUAAAAUGUCAUGGAAAUGCGCCAAUAAUGCCAGCUGUCUCUAUGGCCUGGCCAACAGUAUUAUCAGCUCGUAUCGUCGUGGAGAUUCGAUACAUUUGGGCUUCCUAGAUUUAGUUAAAUUACCAUCAUCAUCAUCAUCGAAGAAACCCAACUCGAAUUGGGGUGCCAGCGAAACGGAAACUGGUCGUGGCAUAUCAACGUUCAUGGACUUUAUCAGCGGCAAUGCCAUUCGCAUACCGGUUGGCCCCAUGGUCUUUAGUGUGCAGCGGGAUGAGGAGGAUGCCAACUACAUUGAAGUGGCUCUGCUAAAGAAGGCAACCAGUAGUACAGGCAAACUUCGUACAUAUCAAGGAGGUACCUAGGGGGGUGGGGGGGGGGGAGAUUCUGGGGGCGGUGGUGGCCUGCUGGGUGGAGGAGGAGGAGGCGGCGGAGGUGGUGGUCAUGGUUUAAUGCAACACUUCAAGGAACGACACGAAAAGGAGGAUAAAAAGCAAAUGCAAAUGUAUAUACCCAUGUAUUUGGCGGCCACCACAUUCGGUUGGACUCUGGUUGCAGCCAAAUUUGUGGGCCUGCUAACGCUGAAGGCUUUGGCCAUAUCGAAAAUAGCUUUUAUUGUUGCUGCCAUGGUGUUGAUCAAAAAAUUGAUGGAUAAUGCCUCGGACAAAAUGAUGUAUCAGUAUCCCGAACACUCGCCUUAUAUGAUGCCCUAUAGCAUGGACUAUGGCAUACAUUCCAUGGCCGGUGGAGGCCAUGAUAUAGGGGCAUCGGACAUGUAUGCUGGUGGUAUACCCAUUCAUGCCGCUGCGGCGGCCAUGGCUCCCCUGGGUGGUGGCGGUGGUGGUCAUGCAGGCCAUCCGGGACUAGAACAUUACGCCGCUGAAAGUUCGUUACAUCAUAAUAUUGCCGCCGAAACCCAAAACAAUACCCAAGUGCUGGCAGCCCUUAAUGUUGCCGGUUUGGGUCAAAAGGUUAAACGUGAGGACACUUGGCUGGCACGAAAUACGGCUAAUCCGCGAAGGCCUUUGGUUUAUAAUUACCUAAAUCCAUAUUCGCACUACCGACAAUGA